CCGACUUUCCGCGUAAAGUGACAUAUGCCCUAUUUGGGUAUUUGCAAGAAAAUGCUCAGCCGGCAUGAAGUAAAGAUUAUUUGUUGUAAAAAAGAUGGAUUGGUUAUCUGAACAGUGCAGGAGAAUCCAAGAGCAAAAACUGAAGCAAGAGAAAACUAUAAAGUGUUUGAAGCAGUUGUUUAAAGCAUGGCCAUCUAAAGCAGAAUCAGAGGAAGUUAGGCCGGAGCAGCAGUCAGCAUCGGAAGCAGGUAAAGCUAGUGAACAAUGCCAGGUUGGUGAUGCCAAUAGUUUGACAGCAGAGGAGAAGGAAGGACUAUUAUUGAUGGACCAGUUACUCAGUAAAGCACAGAAAGCCAGAGAUAUACAGAAAAAGCUUGAAGAGCCUAAGAAGUCGAGGAAAGCAGAAAUAGGACAACAUAAGACAAAAAAUGACAGUAAUAUUCACAAAAAUGAGAAGUCUGUGGAUAGCAAUGAUAAGAAAGGGCCACAAAGUAACAUAGUUGAAAAUACAAGGGUUGAUAGAAGUAACAAGCAGCUGUCUGAGAAAGUCCUACAUACGAAUACAGAUGUUAAGAAUAAAUCUGUGAGGACUUUGAAGCCACAAGGCAAGGGAUUAAUUACAUCUAGUUCUAAAUCAGUUGAAAAAAGUGAAAGAACAAGAACAUCUCAUAGACCACAAAGUAGUUCUGGUUCAAGAAAAGUAGUUCCAGUUCAUGCUAGUGCUCCAUUCCAAACUAAUCCACAUCUAGCAUCUGCAAAAUUACAGACUACAUACAGGGCAGCAACUGCUAAAACUUUAGCUAAAUCCCGAGGUGCAAGUAGUGCUGGCAGUAAGGUUAAGGAGGGGAAGAGAACUGUACAAGAAGGGACAAUUGUCAGUAGAUUUAGAUCUCUUAAAACUGAUGAUGGAAAAACAAAUGAGGCAGAUCUGUCAGAAGUUGAUCAGGAGAUAAAUGACAACAGUAAAAUCAGAGCUGGCAAAGAUUGCGGGAACAAAAGUGCUGCCAACAAUAUAGAGAGUGUAAGUGAUAUGUACAGUUCAGAGAGUGUUAAUGACAAGUGUAACAAUGAUGUUGAUUCUGUACAAGGGGAUUGUCUUGCGGAUAAUCCAGGUAAAACUACAGGUAGAGAUUGUCAGGAAGUGAAGGAAAAACACUUGUAUAAACUCUUCAACCUGAACAAAGAUGGCUCUACCCUCAGUGUUCCCAACAAGUUAAAGAAGUUGCUGUACCAGAAUAGAAAAUUACGCCAGAAACUGUACACUCAGAAUGUCACGCAGAAAGUCAACUCUCCUCGGGCAUCCGCGGAAUUUCCAGAACAUCUUCAGAACACUUCUGGUGAUGAGGAUGCUCAACUUACACAGCUUCAAGCUAAACAAGCCCAGCAUAUUACACAAACAUAUACCAGUCUCUUACACAUGUUGGACAGUUUACAUAUGGAACAUUUAUCAGCUGAUUCUGAUCUGGCAGACAUUUAUUAUUCCAAGAAAAUGGUCGAGUAUAUCUUACUGUCCUUCCAAAAGAUGGAACAGAACUUGCAUACAACUGACUUCAGAAAGUUAGGGGCUGCGGUUAUACAUCGUGAUGGUCCAUCAAUAAAGCUGCCUCUAGCAGAGCCCAGCAGUUUGUCAGUCUGGUAUGGAAAAUAUACAGAAAAAGGAGGUCAUUCUCGUGCGCCAGUGUAUAGGUAUGCGAGUUACGAGCAGCUACAGAGGUACAUGGAUACAGUAUAUCAAGUUCAGUUACUACAGUUACAGAUUGAUGUCAUGGAUACAGUUGCUAGGUUACUGUUACCAUUACUACAGACUUUGGAUCCUGACACAAGUGAGUUUGCUCAGGUAUUGAGAGCUGGUUACUCAUUGAUGUCAGUCAACCGUAAUCACAUGCCAGUGGUUGUCAUGGAUACAAUACAGGAUGAUUCAGCAUUACACAAUGAAGAAGAUUGACAGUAUGGGGUAUAGUUCAUAGCUAGUAGUGAAUCUCAGGAAAAAUUAUAGAUUUAAUAUAUGUUUUGUACUAACAAUCAGCAGUUUUGUUUUGGCAGUGUUAAUUGUUCAAUUAGUGUGGAAUCAUUAACUUUUGAAGGAACAGGAUUUUGUUGUUUUCAAGACAAAAUUCAACAUGAACUAGAUAUAAGAAAAUACUGUAAUUUUACUUGUUCUUUGGGAUUUAUUUCCUACAAAGCCCACAGAUUUAGUCACUCUAGAAUGAUAAUGGUUUCACAAUGUUUAGUUAAGAUAUUGUUCAGACAUUUUGAAGUAUUCUAGGAAGAUGAAUUUUUUCAAACUUUUUGGUUAAGCUGUUUUCCUAUGAUGCUUUAGCACUGUCAAAUAUCCAUUAAAAAAAUGCGAGAGGUGUUCAACUUACAACUGAACAGUAUAAAAUAUGAAUCUCUGAGAGUGAUGCACUAGAAUUUGGAAAAAUAUUCAUAUCACUGCUUUCAUGUCUUGUUGAUACACAUAUACUGUUACAAAAAAUAAAAAAUUGUAGGUGUGAAAAUCCGUGAUAAAUUAGAGGGUAUAGUGCUUGGACUUUCGAAGAGUUACCAUCGGUAUAUCAAAAAAAAUACUGAACAUCCACAGGUGUAACAGUUUUUUGACUGGGUACUUAUCAUGAAAUGGGGCCAUUGUGCAUUAAAGAGAAGUAUUGGAAUGAAAGAAAGCUACUGCAGCAGCACCUGUGUUUAUUAAGUUCAUCCUCUGUGUGAUCCCAGAAAUCAACUUGCUGAUAUCAAGACAGAUGCCAGCCAAGGUGGAUGACACUCAGAACUGCAAGGCUUAUAAGCUCUACACUACAAAUAAAGAAAUGAAGAAGACUGUAUAAGAAAUCGUGCAAUGGUAUUUACAAAAUUUUAUUACUUCCAAUAAAGCUAUGUUUUACUUAUGGUCCUAUGUGGUUGUGUCACAUAGAUGUUGACAGUGAGGGUAAUAAACAGAAGGUGGUUAAGUGUGAUUCUUUGGCUGCAGGAUUUUAUAACUUCGAUCACCUUGAUCCUAUAGAGGAAGGACAGAUAUUAGUAGAAUUGAUUAAGGAACUAGAGGAACUCUAAAUUGUAUAUAGAGAAGGUACAGAAUGGACAUUGCACUACCAUAAAAUUAGGAAAGUCAGUGUUAUAACACUUAAGGAAAGGAGUCUAAAGUAUUUGGACACAGCCACACUGUAUGGGGAAUCAAUGAGAGAGAUGACUGCAGAAGUGCUCUGUAAAGACCUUAGAAUGACUUAAAAAGUGUUAUCAAGAACAAAUGGAAAAACCUUGAUUAAUUAGCCAUUAAUUCACCGUUGCUGCCUCGUUUGUAGUAUCUCAGAAUACUAUAUCACAAUUAUGGAUCACAAAUGAAACAUUUUCUAUAAUGAAAUAAUGGUCAUUGAACAUAUAUUUAUUCUAGUGUUUUGUUCAAAAAUAAGUUGAACACUUCUCAUGUAAAUUUGAAAUAGAUUAAGAAGAUAUGUUACAAGUUUGCAUGAUAAAUGCUGUUAGUAAUUGUCAUAUUGUUUGUUCCUAUUCUGUGAUAUGUAAGUUUAUAUCCUAGGUAAGGUAUAAGAGUAAGAUUUUGUAGGUAAUUGGCAUAAUUAUGGAAUUGUCCCCUGUCAUCAUUGAAUGAAGAAAAAUACAUAAGUUAACAUGUAUAUUUAUUAUUAAUCUCUUCAUUCUGUAUAGGGGACAGUGCCAUUAUACUGCAAUUUCAUUCAUUCAUUCAUUCAUUCUGAGGUAUACUGUAUUUCAAACCAAGUACUUGGAUUAAGCAUUUUAGCUGCCUGCAUAUUGAUAGUCACUGGACAAAAGCAACUUAUUAAAGCCUUCUUAACUUUUAAGUGUUUUGUAAAACAUUCUUCAUUACAAAAGAUUAAUUGAUAUAAUUAUGUUUCUGUGUUUCUUUGUGGGAUAGUUUUAUCAUAGUAUAAUUCUUUGUGAUUUUGUCAUUGCUGGGUGGGCCACAUUAAAGGCUUACCUGUUUUAGAUAGGGUUGCUUUUUCUGGAAUACAGUCUAGUCUAAACAGAAAGUUUGUCUCCAAUAUAAACAGUUGAUAAAAAAACCCAACUCAACCCUAGUAAUUCAUCUCUUUCUACUAUGUCCUACUGUCUGUAAUGGCCACAAGUUGUGAUAAGAGAAUUUCAAGAAAGUUACAGAUACUUCUAUAAAUUGUCACUGUUAGAACAAUGUUAACAUACUUGUUAAAAACAAUAGAAAAAGGUAGAAAAGAAAUAUAGAGUACAUCUGUCUCAUACAAUGUGAAAGUAUUACACUUACUGUAACCAGUGUUACAGUCUAUGGGAAAUUUGAAGUCAUUGUGAUAGAUUUGAAGUAAAUUUCACAAAGGAUCUCAUCUAAGUUGGUUAAUUCCUGGUUGUUACUCUACUGUAGUUGGGCUUAUCUAAAAUGUUAAGAAAAACAUAUUUUUUGUAUUCCCAGAAUUACCUUGCAAAAAAAGGAUAAUAAUAGUAAAAUUAGUAGAUGCUUUUAAAUUCUAGUUUCAUGGAGUCCCCAGGGGUCAUUUUUAUGGGGAUGGGUGGUUUCAUCAGUCGUGUAGAUAGACUUUGUCCGUACAAUUCACCACUUUGAGUUUCCAUAGUCUAAUUUUAGCAUUGACGGAAAUUCAGAAUGAAGUGUCAUUGUUUUAUAACACCAAAUAAUUGUGUGAAAUGAUGUAGAAACUCGUUAAAAGUGUCCAAAAUAUGAAUUCCCUAACACACAAAACACAACCAGGUAUAACAGUUUCCGAAACCAGAGAAAGAUAGAAUUAAAGAGUAGUUCAUUUCUCUUCAGUCAGUCAUAACAUGUACAAUACUAUUUAUGAGGUAUCAGCAGAUUCGUUCUUUUUCUGUUUCUUUCUCCUGCAUGCCACUUUGAUUGGUCUCUUUGCUGUCUGCUUGAAAUACCUUUUCCCAAGCUUUCACUAUUAACUGAAACAGGUCCUCACACUUGCACUUGCAAGCCACCUCAUGUAGU